ACUCUGGCGGUGAUUGCUUGUGCCUGUUCUGUUGUGUGGCGGGCUUGGGGCUGCACGCUGUUCCAGUGGGAGCCGGAGUGUCCCUGUGUGUAGGAGCCGCUCCUCCCUGCAGCCAUGGCCGAGGCCUCGGAGAAACUUUAUCGGGCUGAGUACGCCAAGAGCGGCCGCGCCUCCUGUAAGAAAUGCGGAGACAACAUCGCCAAGGAGUCCCUGCGGCUUGCCCUCAUGGUGCAGUCCCCAAUGUUCGAUGGCAAAGUGCCACACUGGCACCACUACUCCUGUUUCUGGAAACGCGCCCGGGUCUUAUCCCAUGGGGAUAUUGAUGGUUUCACUGAGCUCCGAUGGGACGAUCAGGAAAAAAUCAAGAAAGCCAUUGAAACCGGAGGGGCUUCUGCAGGGGCCGGAGGGGAUGCCAAGGGAGGCAAAGGGGAGAUGACGCUGAAUGAUUUUGCAGUAGAAUAUGCAAAGUCUAACAGAAGCACCUGCAAAGGCUGUGAGAAGAAAAUAGAAAAGGGGCAGAUCAGAAUAUCCAAGAAGAUGGUGGAUGUGGAGCGGCCCCAGCUGGGAAUGAUCGACCGGUGGUAUCACUCAGACUGCUUUGUGAGCUGCAGGGAGGAGCUGGGCUUUCUCCCCUCCUACAGCGCCAGCCAGCUCAAGGCUUUCUCCAUUCUAAAAGCUGAGGACAAAGAUGCCCUGAAGGCAAUGCUUCCCGCUGUAAAGAAUGAAGGGAAGAGGAAGGCAGAUGAGGUGGAUGCAAGUUCCGCUGGAACCAAAAAGAAAUUAAAGAAAGAGAAGGAAAAAGAGUCAAAGCUGGAAAAGUUGCUAAAGGAGCAGACAGAGCUUAUUUGGCACAUUAAGGAUGAGCUGAAAAAAGUUUGCAGCACCAACGAUUUGAAGGAGCUUCUCAUCGCCAACAAACAGCAAGUGCCGUCCGGUGAGACCAACAUUUUGGACCGGGUAUCAGAUGGCAUGGCAUUUGGAGCACUGCUUCCGUGCGAGGAGUGCAGCGGGCAGUUUGUUUUCAAGAGCGACGCUUAUUAUUGCACCGGGGACCUCAGCGCCUGGACAAAAUGUGUUGCUAAAACACAGACUCCCAACAGAAAGGAUUGGGUGACACCUAAGGAGUUCCAUGAAGUCCCUUAUUUGAAGAAAUUUAAGUUCAAAAGACAAGACAGAGCUUUCCCGCCUUGUGCCGCUCCAACACCUAUCAGCCCCCCGGCUGCCCCUAAACCAGCGCCGACUGUGGAGGAAACUGUUCCUGAAGGGAAACCUUUAACCAAUGCAAAGGUGCUUGUCAUUGGGAAGCUGUCCAAAAACAAGGAUGAGGUAAAGGCGUUGAUUGAAGGACUGGGCGGCAAAGUCACCGGCUCUGCACACAAGGCCACGCUGUGCAUCAGCACUAAAAAGGAAGUUGAGAAGAUGAGUAAGAAGAUGGAGGAUGUGAAAGCAGCCAAUGUGCGUGUAGUAAGUGACGACUUCCUGAAGGAAGUGGAGUCGGGGAAGAGCGUGCAGGAAUUGUUGUCCCAAUACGGAAUAUCCUCAUGGGGUGCUGAGGUCAAGCAAGAGGCCGUGCAGCCAACGGAGAAGCAGCCGUCCAGCGCCCCCGCGGCUGGGAAGAGUUCGGGCAAAGUGAAAGAAGAGAAAGGGAGCAACAAGUCUGAAAAGAAAAUGAAAUUAACUGUUAAAGGGGGAGCAGCCAUUGACCCCGAUUCUGGGCUGGAAGAUUCAUGUCACGUCUUGGAAAAAGGAGGGAAGAUUUUUAGUGCAACUCUGGGCCUGGUGGAUAUAACCAGAGGGACAAAUUCUUAUUAUAAGCUGCAACUUAUAGAGCACGACAGAAAUUCCAGGUACUGGGUGUUCCGAUCCUGGGGUCGAGUGGGCACUGUAAUAGGCAGUAACAAGCUAGAAGAGAUGUCUUCCAAGGAAGAUGCCAUUGACCAUUUCCUCAACCUGUAUCAGGAGAAAACCGGCAAUGCAUGGCACUCCCCCAAUUUCACCAAAUAUCCCAACAAGUUCUAUCCUCUGGAAAUAGACUAUGGGCAGGAAGAAGAUGUGGUGAAGAAACUCUCGGUUGGGGCCGGCACAAAAUCCAAGCUUGCCCAGCCUGUCCAGGAACUGAUCAAGUUAAUAUUUGAUGUGGAGAGCAUGAAGAAGGCCAUGGUGGAGUUUGAGAUCGAUCUCCAGAAGAUGCCUUUGGGGAAGCUCAGCAAGCGGCAGAUUCAGAGUGCAUACUCAAUACUCAAUCAAGUGCAGCAGGCCGUCUCGGAAUCCUCAAGCGAAGCUCGGUUAUUGGAUCUCUCCAAUCAGUUUUACACACUCAUACCUCAUGAUUUUGGAAUGAAGAAGCCCCCGCUGCUAAAUAAUCUAGAGUACAUACAGGCUAAAGUGCAGAUGCUGGAUAAUCUGCUUGACAUUGAAGUUGCAUACAGCCUGUUGAGAGGCGGCGCCGAUGAUGGAGAAAAAGAUCCCAUUGAUGUGAAAUAUGAAAAGAUUAAGACUGACAUUAAGGUUGUCGAUAAAGAAUCGGAAGAAUCUAGAAUAAUACGUGACUAUGUGAAGAACACGCACGCCGAGACGCACAAUGCCUACGAUCUUGAGGUCCUCGAGAUAUUCAAAAUCGAGCGUGAAGGUGAAUAUCAGCGGUAUAAGCCAUUCAAACAGCUACACAACCGCCAGCUGCUUUGGCACGGAUCCCGAACCACAAAUUUUGCAGGGAUAUUGUCUCAGGGUCUCCGAAUUGCUCCACCGGAAGCUCCCGUUACUGGCUAUAUGUUUGGCAAAGGUAUCUAUUUUGCCGAUAUGGUAUCCAAAAGUGCCAACUAUUGUAAUGCAAUGCCGGGUAAUCCCAUUGGGCUGAUCUUACUGGGAGAGGUGGCCCUUGGUAACAUGCAUGAGCUGAGAGCAGCAUCACACAUUACGAAACUACCCAAGGGCAAACACAGUGUCAAAGGUUUGGGUAGAACCGCGCCUGAUCCCUCAGCUACUGUAAAACUGGAUGGAGUGGACGUUCCUCUUGGGAAAGGAAGUGCUACAAAUAUCACUGACGCCAGUCUGUUAUAUAACGAAUACAUUGUGUAUGAUGUUGCUCAGGUUAACCUGAAGUACCUGCUGAAGCUGAAGUUCAACUACAAAGACAAAGGAGGGUUGCUUUGGUGAUGGCCCUGCCUGCAGAGUAGAAACGACUUAGAACUGACUUAGUGCUCUCACUUGCAUUCUAUUAAUCCUCCCCAGGACAUGCUGGCCCAUCCCUGAAACUGACUCCUAAAGCCCAAUGGGCAACCUGUUGGCUGUGGCCAAAAUAGCGCCACCCCGUACCUCUGCCUAUGCCGCUGCUGUGUGAUGGAAAGGCCUAUGGCUGCUGCUUGCUUUUCUGAAUGCCAAGUGCACAACGAGAUGACCCUGAAGGCCGCCUGUUACUGAUUUUUUGAGGGCUUUUUGGAGAUGCCGUCUUUACGUUCCGAUUGUUCUUCCAGAAUUCUUCCAGAUGUUAACCCUUUAUUUUCAGGUUUAAUAAAAGUUAAACCGUGACACUAUCAAAAGAUGAAUGUUUAUAUUCAGUACUGAUAGUUGCCUUUAUUUCCCCUUUAACGUGCGCUAUGUGUAGGCUACACAUACUGUAUAGUGUUGCGCAGGGAUAGCUCACUGUUAUGUGACUGUUAUGCUAUAGGGCAAGAUGUGACCGUAAGGAUCAAUACUGUAACCUACAGACAUAUCUCUGUAACGUUAUCCCAUAGAUAUGUGGAUGUUCCAAUAAAUGCGCUCCGUCUGCCAUUCUUCUC